AUGUUGGGAAUCCCGAUUUUUUGGGGAACCAUGCCGCUUCACAAACAGUUAGCCCUACAUCCUGUCGUCCCGAGCAUGACCAUCUCUUCCUCCCCACUCCACCCAAGAGAUCUUCCUUCGACUAUCAGCUGGGGCCAGUUCGACUGGACUUUUUGCAUGCGACUACGUUUUCCCCCCUCGAAUUCUCGUGUCAACUCUUUGAAGGGCAUGUUGCCUCGAUAA